GUAUGUCACGCCUCCAAACGCGUUCUGCACGCAGCCAUAUCUGAACUGAAAACAUGGAGUCGUGUAGAUCUUGUUAUUUUACAGUGUUUAACAUCGUUCUUCUUAUUUUAACGUGUCAUUUAACGCGAGGACAGGACACUGCUGACUGCCCAGCAGAUGGGCGCACAUGGUUGACAUUUGGAUCCAACUGCUAUCACUUUGUACAUGGAGAAGAGGAUAUUGCCAAGAGCUACUCUAUUCAAGAUGCCAAAGAUAUGUGCAGAGGAUAUGAUCUCUUGACAGUGAAAAGUGCCGAGGAGAAUGACUACAUCAUUAAAUACAGCCCUUCUGUGUGGAAAGGCAAUAUGAGCGUAUGGCUUGGAAUGUAUUAUGACAGCGACGAUGAUGUGUUUAAGUGGCAUGAUGAUAACAGUGUGUUGAGUUAUAAUAACUGGGAGGACGGUGGCUCUGAUGACACAGACCUUUCUCUCAUGGACACCUGUGUGACUCUUCACACCAACACUGGAAAGUGGGAGAACAUCAGCUGUACAGAUGAACCUGAGAACGGAGUCGUGUGCCAGACAAAGGCAGUCUGGACAGUUGCACCCAAGAGUAGUCCUCUUCUGUCAGCUCUGGUCAUCAUCAGUGUGGUGCUGAUUGUCGCCGUGUCUGCAGUGGUUUGGUUCCUUCACCAAAGAAACAACCCGGGUUCCUCCAUCCUCAACUUAAUCGAGUACCACCCGCCCUUCAGAUCCCCGUCUGCUGAUCAGACCUGCCUGGUAGAAGCUGAAGAAAUAGAGGAGACACCUUAGAGCUCAAUGCUACGAUAAUGAUGAUGUCCUUUAGCCAUGCCUAGGUUAGAAUAAACAGCAAGACAGCAUGGAAGAUCAUGAACUCUUCCCUUUUCACUGGUUGAUCGAGAGUUCCUCAACUAUGGGCUACACCGAACAAAGGCAGUCAUAAUCGUUAGUGAAAGACUAUUGGGGAAAUGUUGUGUGUCUGAAUGCAAUAUGUGUAAUGAAGCUAGCAAUCAAUGGGACUUUCUUGCACAAGAACAUUUAAAGGGAUAGUUCACCCAAAAAUGAAAUUUACUCAUCCUCUUGUAAUUCCAAACUCGUAUGGAACACAAAUAGUCUCCAUGGACAUUGAAGCCUUCAAGCUUCAAAAAGGAUGCAAAAGCACUGUAAAAGUGGUCCAUACGACUUCUGCACUAUAUUCCAAGUCUUCUAAAGCCAUAAGAUAGCUUUCUCUGAGGAACAGGCCUAAAUUUAAAUUGCUAUUUAGUGUAAUCCUGCUCUCCAGUAAGCUGUUAACCACUGUGACCGGAUCAAGUCAGUGAGUUCAGUCCAGAUCAGUCCGAUUCACGAACAAAGCAUUCAGACCAGUUAUUUGAACUGGAUCAACUGAUUCAUUCCAACUCAAAAGAUUUGAUUCGAGAGCUGCAGCAGAGAGCAAGAUUUUAAGUAAAUAACGACCUACCUAUAAUUUCUCUUGUGUUUCAAUGAAAAAAUAAUAGUAUACAUGGAAUGACAUGAGAGUGAAGAAAAAAUGACAGAACGUUUGCUUUUUGGUAAAAACUAUUCCUUUAAAAUUUUGUGUUUAUUUUGUGAGUGCCAAAUCACUGUCAUGAGAUUUACUAAAUGGGAAGUUGCAACAGAUUUCUCCUGGUACGGUCGGACCAUACUGUAGUGUUCCUUUUCCAGCUCUUUCCCGUUUUCCCAGGCUAAAAAACGUCUUAAACCAGCAUAAGAUGGUUUGCUGGUCUAAGCUGGUUCAAGAUGGUCGGCCAGCUGAUCUUUCUGCCUAAUAAGUGCCCAAAACACUUCUCUACAACCAGCCAACAGACCAAUCUAACCAGUCUGGAAGACCCACAAACCAACUUAGACUGGUUUAAGCUGUGUUUUCAGCAGGACUCUGAAAAGGCAAGUAUUAAAGUUUUUUACAGCUAGCACUUCAUACACAUCUCAAGUUCUUGGAUAUUGAUACUUCCUGAUUGCCAAUGACAAUAUCUUUGAAUGUUUCUGAUUUUGUUUUAAGAUUUGGAUUUGCCACUAUGUUCAAUGUUACAUCUGUGUUACAAAUUAAUCAUAUUGUGUAAACAUCGAUUGAUGCUUUCUUUUUUCCUUUAGUGAACAACAAGACAUUUAUCAGAGAGAAACUAAUCAAAUAUGAGUCUUUCCAGACUAAUAAACAAACACAAAACAAA